UUUGCCUACUGCUAGUGUUGGCUGGGAUUCUGUUGUUUGGGUUGAGCAAGAGUACAACAUGGCAAAGUCAGAUAUCAGUCCAAGCAUGUGUCUUAGUUUUCUGCUGCUUUUGAUGUCUGACUGGGGUAUUUGUAGAGAGCAUACUGAGCAUGGAGGGCAUCUUCCUAGAUCAAAUGACGAUCACUACACAGAAGGAAUACACAAUGCAGAUUUUGACCAUGAAGCAGUAAUUGGAAGGAAGAAUUUAGAAGAAGAGUUUGACCAGCUCCCACCAGAAGAGGCCAAAGAACGCCUGGGCAAGCUGGUUGAUAAGAUGGACCAGGACAAAGAUGGUUUUGUAACUAAGGAAGAACUUAUACUUUGGAUAGUAAAUUCUUUUAGAACUUUAGAUGAAGAAGAUGCAGAAAGCAAAUUCUUAGAACAUGACAGUAAUGAGGAUAAAUAUGUUAGCUGGGAGGAAUACAUAAGAGGGUCAUACAAUUAUGCACCAAAAGAAAUUGAAGAUUUAAAGAAAGAACCAAAUGAAGACAAUGAACACAUUUUAGAGAGCUUACAGAUUGAUGAAAUAAAAUUUGCUGCUGCUGAUCAAGACAAAAACAAUUUAUUGGAUGAGAAUGAGUAUGCUGCAUUUCUCCACCCUUAUGACUAUAAGCAUAUGACAGAUGCUGAGGUUGCAGUCACUUUAUUAUCUUUGGAUAAAGACAAAAAUGGGGAACUGUCUUUCCAGGAGUUCUUAGGAGAUGAGGAAACCAGCAAGGAAUCAGAGAUAGUAGAAAAAGACAACUUUGCUGAAUUAGACAAAAACAAGGAUGGAGUUUUAGAUAAUGAGGAAUUAAAAGCUUGGGUAUCCCCAGACAAUGAAGAGGCUGCACAGAGAGAGGCUGAACACUUGAUUUCAGAAAGUGAUGUUGAUAAGGAUGGAAAAGUAACAAAAGAUGAAAUAGUUGCACAGCAUGAAUUGUGGGUUGGAAGUCAAGCUACAGAUUAUGGUGAACACUUACAUGAAGAACUAUAAUAUAUAAGAGAAUUGAGUUAAAUCUUAUUUAUUUAGGGGGGCUUAGCAGCAAGAUUUUUUCAGGGUAUGGGAUUGUGCAUUAAAAUUAGGUUACUUAGAUAUAUAUACCAAAUAUAUAUUUACAUAUGUGUGGAGGAACUUGAGGAUAUAUUUCACAAGACAGAAGCAUUCCACCUGGCACUAUUUGUAUGUACAGACGCAGAUGUGUCUGUACAUAUAGCCAUCAUCUGCGUCUGUCGUUGCCGUCGCUGUCGUCACCGAUAA